AUGGAUUCACUUCAAACCUACUAUACUUACCCAGUCUAUACCCAAGCACAUUCCCCUGCCUCCAGCUCAGCCACCUCCGACUCCUCCUACACCCCGUCCACCGACUACUUACCACACAUCACUAGCGACAAUCUCUCCCGUUCUACCCAAAAGUCCUCCAAGUCGCGUCUACAGAUUGCCCACCCGUAUGCCCGACUAGUCGCUAAAAAGGACGAAGUUAAACGCCGAAAAAUUUGGAAUCACGCAUUGGAAAAAUCCAUCUUCACGCCUUACGAGAUCUCGACCUUAGGAGCCCCACACAGACGCGUCAUUUAUAUGGCAAGCCUGGAAAGUCACAUCGACGAGCUGCACGCGCAGCUUCUAAGUAUCGGGUACUACCCUGUCCCAUUCUCGGCCCUCGAACAAUUCAAGGGUCUGAAUUCAAAAACCGCGAAGAGCAUGGUUGCCGGUCUGCAGCACGACGUGUCGCUCUCGAAAUUAAAGCUGCUGGAGCUGGAACGCGCUAACGCCGACCUGCAGACCAUUCUCAGCCAAUCCCAAAAUUAG